AUGUGUCCAAGUAAUGCCCAAGCUAACGAGGAUCCAAGCCUGUGCCUUAUCGAUCUAACGUUUAUGAAGCAGCAUAAGGGGUUGCCGGAUGAUCCUAGUUUCGUGGAGUUAGCCAUAAAUGGUAUUUUAAACCAAGACAGCAUCGUGGCACAAAGGAAGGUAAAGUUCAGUGAACUCCCACUAGGACCCCAACCAUCUGCGCGUAGCAGCAUGACGACCCCUAGAAAGUCCAUUCUUGUGUCCCGCCAGACAACUGAAACGGAAAACAGCGACAACGAGGAAGAUCCGGAUGAAGUCGAGCUCCUCCUACAUCGCUGCUUUAACUUCUGCAACUUGGACACGGAUGGGGUUGCAGAGAGGCCUCUUGUAGAAAAUUUAGAGCUUAUCAGCUAUGGCAUUAUUUCCACGUUCAGAUUCCAUGAAUGCUGUUACAAAUAUGCGCACGAAUUGGAGGCUUCCUCCACAGUAAAAGAGGAGGUCCCCCAAAGAUUGCUCCCGGUUGAUAAGACCGCAACAUUAGAUACAGAUAUGCAGGACGAACUAGUGCUGUGGAAAAUCGAAGCCGAGGAAUUAGGCAUCAAGAACAAUGUCUUAAUGACCGAGAAUGGCAAGCUCAUCGCCGAACUGACCGCCUUGCGGCAAACAAUUCGGACCCUAAAUGACGAAAAGGAGAAAUUGAGAGCACAAGUCCACGAUCGUGAUAUCCAACUUCUUAAAUUGAAAGAUCAAUCCAAGGACAUUGACACAGAGACACAAGUGAAACUAAGAAGGCUGCAGGAUCUGGCGGGCAGACUAGAAAAGGUUAUCUCACAGCGUGCCUCCACUAUUUCCAAUUUGCGUGAGGAUCGUCAAGCAUUACGUCGUGAGCUCGCAAAAAGUACUGAGCUCACAAUUAACUUAAAAGGUGAUAAUAGACGGUUAAAAGCGCAUGUUGAUAGUCUCUUACAUUUGUUUAACGAUUGUGAAAACGAAGGUCCCAGUAGCAGUGUUACGUUACCUCAUCAGCUUCAGAGUUUGAAGUUAACAUCCAAGCACGAAAAAGAUGAAAGUCAGGCUUUUAUGCAAAGACCAUUGCAUCCACAAAACAAUCGAAAACACACUGGCUUAAAGCUCCGCGCGCAUACAUAA